UGUCGUGGAAAAUACGGCAAGAAUUGCAGCUACCUCUGCAGUGACAGGAAGUGUAAAAACUCCCCAGCGCCGUGUGAUCACGCGACAGGAUCUUGUAAUGGAAAAUGUAAGGACGGUUGGAAUGGAGACACAUGCACGGCCAAAUGCUCUGGAACAUAUGGCAGAGAUUGCAACUAUUCGUGUGGCGAUAGAAAGUGUGAAGACAACACGAUGUGUGAUCAUGUGAAAGGAUCAUGCAAUGGACAGUGUGUUGCUGGUUGGCAAGGAGACGUGUGCACUGAUAAAUGCACUGGAAAAUAUGGCCAAGAUUGCAAACACUCGUGUGGUGACAGACACUGUGAAGACAAUGCGCAGUGCGAUCACGUGACAGGCUCGUGCAAUGGACAGUGUGUUGCUGGUUGGCAAGGAGAUGCUUGCAGUGUCACUGCCAGUGAGUCUAAAAAUCCUGACUCUGGCAACGAUGUAUUACUUAUUGCUAGCAUUGCUGUUGCUGUUGUUGUCGUAAUCGCCGUGGUCGUCAUCGUUGUGGUGUUUAUCAGACGGAGGAGACGAAUACAGAAAGAGAAUUCUCACGAAACACUUGUUUUGAGAAGACCUUCAAGAAACACGGACAAGGCACAUGAAGUGGGAGAAACAAACGUCUAUGUCAACGUUGGCAUGACGUCGACGUUGCAGGAACAGCCCAUAGUACAUCAACCAAAGCAUGUCCCCGUGGUUGCUGUGCAGCAAAGAGUAAAGGCUCAUAAUGAAACAGCAAAGGGUGAUAACAAGGGCAAAGUCAAGGGAAGUAACACAUAUUGUAACGUGAAGAUAAGCGGCCAAGAUGAUGAAGAUAUUACUGAUGCUGUAGCCAUUAUAGAAGCAGACAAUAAGAGCGAUGGUCAGACAGGAAAUGACGUCGAUGAACAUGACGCAUAUUAUAAUAAGACGACCAGUCUACCGGAAGGAGGGUUUGACAUGAUGGAGCUUGAAACUAUAAUUCAGCGAAUCAGGAACCAGCGUGGAGGAUUUGAAGCAGAGUUCUUGGCUUACAACAGAGCACCGAGAGAAGGAACUGUAGUUGACUUCUGGAGGGUGAUCUGGGAACAAGACUGUGGACAAAUUAUAAUGCUUACAAACCUCAUGGAAGCCGGAAGGGUAGGUACCAGCCAUGGAUUUAGGCAGGGACACAAAUGCGAACCCUACUGGGAUGACGACAAACCAAUGGCUGUGUCAUUCUUUAAUGUUGUGGUCAAAGAAACGUUUCACCUAGCGGAAUACAGCAUCAGGAAGAUCCAGGUCACUCAGACAAAGUCUGGAAAACUGACACAGAAGACGUUUGAUCAUUAUCACUUUACAUCGUGGCCGGACCACGGAGUUCCUAACGUGCUUGAUCUGUUAGAUUUUCUGUGGAAGACUAGAGACACUCCGAGACCACGCCCUGGUCCAGUCCUCGUACACUGCAGUGCCGGGAUUGGCAGAACAGGGACGUACAUAGCUCUCCACAUUCUCAUAGACGAGAUGAACGCCACUGGACAACUUAACAUUCUACAGACCAUCACCAAGAUGAGACACCAGAGGAAGAACAUGAUACAAACCAAGGAACAAUAUGAAUGUGUUUUCAUCACACUGCUGGAGGUAGUAAAAUAUGGGCAGACGAGCAUGCCCACGAAUCAUUACCUACAGGCAUAUCCUACAAAGGGAGGCAACUUGACUAUGGGCAGGAAGACGAUUGACCAACUAGCUGAGGACAUCGUUUCCAUGAAUAGUCCAUACAAUGCAGAUGCACAAGUGAAGAACAGACUCUGGGUGAACGGACAACAGGAUCAGUUCGUAGUGGGCGCCCCAGUAUGUAAAGAUGUGUAUAUAACAAUCAACUUUCGCCCUUGAAUGCACAAGUCUAUAACCCC